AUGAGAGUCGCAAUCGCCGCGCUGUACCUUGGCCUGGCUGCCACUGUGCAAUCAGUCAGUGCAGAGGUCAAGAAAGCCAACCGUGACUGGUUUGCCGCCACGCCUGACGCCCAGCCCACUUAUUUUGAUGGCAAGCAAGUUCCUGCGUUACCAGUGUUGACCGACGAAGCCGAAUUCAAUCAGACAAAGUAUCUGGUGGUCAAAUAUGCAAGCCCGUACUCGCCGCAUUGUGUACAGUUCAAGCCGACCUACCAGACCAUAUACGAGUACUACUACACCUCAGAUAUCCCAGUGAACCACGACGUGGCUCUGCCGGCGCCAGCAGCAACCACGUUCGAAGAGUACUACGGGCUCAAAUUCUCCACAGUCGACUGUAUCAACACCGACAAGAUCUGCAGACAGCAAGGCAUCAUAGCUUAUCCCACGACCAUUUUAUAUAAGAAUGGCGAGCUUGUCGCUUCUGUCCGAGGUGCUAAGAACAUGACCACUGUCGCCGAUCUGAUUGAGAAUGCGCUGGAGUCGGAGUAUCCGGGAACCCGACCCCUUCAUCCCCUCCUCCCUGCUGCUGGUGCUAGUUCGCGUCCUGUUCCCGAGAACGUACCGCAGGGCGAAGUGCCCACGGAUGAGAGCCAGAAGCCAUUGAACGCAGGGGAACGUAGUGUAUAA